AUGUUUGGAAUCCGAACGCCCGUUAACAGGAAGAAUGCUCCUCCAGCCCAAGAUGCUUCUCCUGGCAAUUCUUCAAAUGUGAGCCCGGCUCAGCCGACUAACACAAACGUCAGGAGGAGCAUCGAGGUGUUGGAGUCUAGCCAAACCCCCUUGCCCAGCUCGGCACCUGCCGCCCCGGUGAAACCUAAAAAGAUCACAAUACUAAAGAGCGUGUCACCAGCUCCAGAGAAGCUCACCGGGACGGCAGAGGCCCCAAAACCCCCAGCCUCCGUCAGCAGGGUGCAAGAAGCCAGAAACUUGGUAACUAAGGCCAAGAUCGCUCUUGGCCAAAGCCGGAACCUCCGGACCGACAUCAAGGAGGAUGUCACCAUGGCUAUAGACACCCUCUAUCGCAUGGUGAGGGAUGGGGAAGCGGACAAGGGGAGGGGCCUUAUAUCUUCAAAAAAAGAACAACCAGCCACUGUCGGUGCGGUGCUACCGGAACAUUGCAGCCAAGAGUACUCCCAGCUGCUCUCCUCACUGGCGGACCACAGUAGGCUUGUGAAGGAGAGCGCCGAAAAAAUGGAGGAACUCCAACAAAGUCUGUCCAAACACACGACAGCGCUGGACGCGACCACAUACGCGGGUGUGUUGGCGGCACCAAAGCCGCUCGCAGCAUCACCGCGACCAACACUGCACUCGGUUGUGGUCGCCUCCAACGAUAAACAAGAAACUGGCGAGCAGGUGCUGGAUAAAAUCCGCACUGCUAUUAACGCCAAAGAAGGUGGUUACCGCAUUGACAGGGUCAGAAAGGCCAAGGACAGCAAGGUCGUCAUCAGCUGCAGGGACGAGGAGGAGCGGAGCAGGGUCCGGGAAAAGCUUAGGUCAGCCGGUCAACACCUGACCGUCCAAGACGCAGCAAACCUAGACCCGCUCAUUAUCCUCAGGGACGUCCUCAGCUACAACACCGACGAGGACGUCACGAAAGCCCUGAGGACGCAGAACACCAAGCUCUUCGCCGACCUUGCGGCUGAGGAUGACCGCGUCAUAAUAAAAUAUAGGAAAAGGGCCCGGAACCAGCUGAUGUGCCACAUUGUUGCGAGAGUCUCCCCCACCCUCUGGAGCAGAUUGACGGGGACGUCUGCCGUGUAUAUAGACAUGCAGCGGAUCAGGGUGGAAGACCAAUCUCCCCUGGUCCAAUGCUCCUGCAUAUGCUUAGGAUAUGGGCACGGCAGACGCCUUUGCACAGAAAAAGAGGAAGCCUGCAGCCACUGCGGUGGCCCUCACUUACGCAAUUCUUGCCCAGAAGCGAAAGCCAAUGCGCCCCCAUCCUGUUAUGGGACGCACUGGCCAGGUCAAAAAUCGGAUAUUGCUGAGGGCGCCGCAGUGGACACCAGGUCAUACAAAGUUCUGCAGGCCAACCUUCAGAGAAAGCAGCUGGCGACCGCCGAGCUGCUUGAGGCCGCUUCACGGUCGAAGUCAUCUUUCGCUCUCAUCCAAGAGCCUUACGUGGGCUCUGUCCGGAGAAUGCGGAGCUACCGGGGGGCGCGGAUCUACCAGGCUUCGGAGGAGGGAGAGGGCACUGUAAAAGCUGCCAUUGUAGUGCUCGACCACGACCUCGACGUCAAACAGUGCCCAGAACUCACCACCCAUAACAUCGUCGUGGUGAGGAUCCGGACCCAAGCCUGGGAAAUCGCAGCAGCAUCGGUGUACUUCGAACCGGACAAGCCCAUGGACUCGUACCUGGAGCACCUCAGAGCGGUCAGGCGGAAGCUGGGAAGUCGCCACCUUCUCAUCGGAGGCGAUUUUAACGCAAAGAGCCCAUGGUGGGGGAGCCUUACGGAGGACAGCAGGGGGGAGGAGCUAUGCUCCACAUUGGACGAGCUGGAGUUGCAGGUACUCAACAGCGGCACCCUGCCCACUUUUGACACCAUCCGAGGGGGCAGGAGAUACUGCAGUCACGUCGACGUGACGGCAUGCUCGGCGGAUCUUCUCUGCCUGGUCGAAGGCUGGGAGGUAGACGAGGGACUGACGAGCUCGGACCAUAACGGCAUAAAAUUUAGGAUAAAUUUGCAAAAAUCUUUAGGCAUAGCAGUAAAAUCUACUACUAGGAUGUUCAACACCAAAAAAGCAAACUGGGUCCAGUUUCGUGAGAAACUGGCCCAGUUUAAAAUAGAAGAAAACAUAAAUAAGUCAAAAUUCGAAGAAAUUGAAAAUAGUCAAAAUUUAGAAAUAAUCAUAAACAAAUAUUUAGAAGUAAUACAAAAGUCAUGUCAAGAAACUAUACCGAAGAAGAAAAACUCGGAAAAAAUUACCUUGCCGUGGUGGUCCCAGGAGCUCGAAAGCCUGAAGAAGGAGGUCGCCACCAGGAAGAGAAGAGUCCGCUGCGCCGCUCCAAUCCGAAGGCAGUCCGUCGUCGAAGAGUACCUGCAACACAAAACAAACUAUGAAAUUAAAGCCAUGAUAGCCCAAACGAGGAGCUGGACGGAGUUCUGCACCAAGCAGGACAGGGAGGGGAUGUGGGAGGGCAUUUACAGGGUGAUAGGGCGUACCGCAACACGGCACGAGGACGCAACCCUAAUUAAAAGCGGUAUAUAUUUGACUCCGGCAGAAUCCGCAUCGCACCUGGCUGAGACAUUUUAUCCGCACGACCUGGGAGAAGAGGACACUGAAGAACAAAAGGACAUCCGGCGUUUGGCCAUGCGGGUAAACGACCGGGUUUAUGAUGAAGAACAUGACCCGCCUUUUACUCCGCAUGAGCUCAUAACAGCAGUGUCCUCUUUUAACCCUAAAAAGGCGCCAGGCGCGGACGGUCUCACCGCGGACAUCUGUCGCCAGGCAAUUCUCCAGGACCCCGAGGCGUUCCUUGCCCUGGCCAACAAAUGCCUCAGUCUGGGCCACUUCCCCAAGAAGUGGAAGGAAGCCACAGUUGUGGUACUGAGGAAGCCGGGCAAGGACAACUACACAAACGCCAAGUCAUAUAGGCCGAUCGGGCUCCUGCCCGUGUUAGGAAAGGUCCUGGAGAAGAUGGUUGUCACGAGGCUCCAGUGGCACCUAGUGCCGAGGCUGAGUACCCGCCAGUACGGCUUCAUGCCCCAGAGGAGCACCGAGGACGCCCUCUAUAAUCUAGUGAACCAAAUAAAGGUUGAAAUCAAGAACAAAAAGUUGGUCACCAUCGUCUCGCUGGAUAUAGAGGGCGCCUUCGACAGCGCCUGGUGGCCAGCCAUAAAGGUCAGACUGGCGGAGGAAAAGUGUCCGGUCAACAUUAGGCGGCUACUCGACAGCUACCUUGGCGACAGAUGUGCGACUAAGGCGUUCGCCGAUGACGUGGUUCUGCUGUUUGCCGGGGAUACUGCGCUGGAGGUGCAGCGACAUGCCAAUGCCGCCCUCGAGUUUGUUCAGGAGUGGGGAGUCAGAAACAAACUCAAGUUUGCGCCGCACAAGACCUGCGCAAUGCUGCUAACAAACAAGCUUAAGCAUGACACCCCACUCCUGCGCAUGGGCGGGGUCGACAUUGGCAUGUCUCGCGAAAUAAAGAUCUUGGGCCUGACUAUAGACGAUAAGCUGACCUUUAACACCCACGUCGCCAACGUCUGUAGGAAGGCCCUCAAUAUCGCGAAGCAACUCCAACGAGCUGCAAAAAUAAGCUGGGGACUGCACCCCGACGUCGUCCGCACAAUCUAUACGGCAGCAGUGGAGCCCGUCAUCCUAUACGCCGCAGCGGCAUGGUCGCCCGCCGCUCAAAAAAUUUGUGUCCGCAAGCUCUUAAACACCGUCCAGCGGGGCUUCGCACAGAAGAUCUGCAAAUCCUACCGCACCGUCUCCCUAAACUCGGCCCUACUACUCGCCGGGUUACUACCUCUGGACCUACGCGUCAAGGAAGCAGCCGGCCUAUAUGAGGCUCGCAAAGGGUCAACCCGGCUAGUGCUGGGAGACCGGGAGGUUGAGCGGGUGGUUGGAUUUGCAGAGCUACCACACCCCGCCUUGCGUAUGGACCUGAACUUCAGGUGUCUAGAUGACCGAAGCCUGGUAGACCAACACAACGUGCAGUCGCUCAGAAUUUUCACAGACGGCAGCAAGUUCCAGGGCAAAGUCGGUGCUGCGUUGUCCAUAUGGGACAACCAGACCGAACUACGGAGCCGAAAACUGAGCUUGCCAGCGUACUGCACAGUCUACCAGGCUGAACUCCUGGCCAUAUGCAGGGCCACUAGCGAAGCCCUGAACAGCGGAGCGGAGAGCUGCGGCAUUUAUAGCGACUCACGGGCGGCCUUGCAGACGGUGACCAAUCCCGGGUCUAUGCACUCCCUCGCAAUCGAGGCGCGCCGAAACCUCAGCGUGGCCUUGACCCUUGGCAAAGCUGUGACCUUGUUCUGGAUCAAGGCCCACGCCGGCAUCGAUGGAAACGAGCGCGCCGACGAGCUAGCAAAAGAAGCAGCACUCUCGAGCCGGAGGAAGCCUGACUACGACCGGUGCCCGGUCUCAUUCGUCAGGAGUGAACUUCGUGGAGACUCUCUUGGCGAAUGGAACCGAAGGUACACAACGGGCGAGACGGCCUCCGUCACGAGAGUGUUUUUCCCGGACGCGAGGGAGGCAUAUCGUCUGGUGCGAAAAAUACAACCGCAGGGAAUCUUAACAAACAUCUUUACAGGCCAUGGGGGGUUCUCCCAAUAUCUGCACCGCUUCAAGUGUCGGGAGAGCCCGUCAUGCGUCUGCGAUCCUGCGGUUGAGGAAUCCGUUCAGCACAUUCUUUUUCAAUGCCCUAUAUUCGAGAGAAAACGUUUUGACCUCGCCCAAAGACUCGAAACAGAUGUGGCAGUCAGUAGAGCCUUCGAGCUCAUCGCAAAUAAAAAAUUAAGAGGCGAUUUCCUCAUGUUUGCAGAACAAAUUUGUAAAAUUGUCGUGGAGAGAAACGCUUCAGCUUAA